AUGGCCAGAACGUUGCGCCAGACCGCUCAAGGCGCCGCAGAUCAAGCCCAGGAGGGCGCAGCCGACGGUAGCCAGAAGUGGGAUGCCAUGACUGAGGAGCAGAAGAAGCAAACGUUCGACAAGCCUCCUGCAGACCAGAAGAAGGGCAAGUCGUACUCUGAGUGGGGUUCUGAGGGUUACCACGACCAGUACGUGAACUGGACGCCAUCGAUCGAGGAUAUGUACUUGAAAUCGUUUACGAAGGACAAUAAGGCGAGCUAUGCGAUAAAGGACACUCUCGACAAGACCAAGAUCAUCCGCGUGGAGCAAGUCGACACUCUGCAAGGCGAUGUGAACAACCUCGUCGGCAACCAGUUUGGCAAAAGCGGUAUUCUGCAGCCCGGAGGCCACACGGUGACGAGUCCGGUGGCUACGGCAUGGGUGCCACCUCCACUCUUACCGACCCAGCAACCGAAUCAAGCUUACACUUUCGACCAUGGAGCUCAAGACCAUGAGACUAUGGCCACGGAGACGACCAGUGACGAGUAUCAGCGGCUGCUCACACAGGACUUUCAAUCCCCGAACCCUCACAUUCUGGCGCAGGCGCAACUACAACCCCAAGGCUACUAUCAACAGACCAUUACGUCGUUGCUGCUGUCGCAAAGUUUUGCAUCGGAGCUGUUCCAUGAACUGAAUCAAGAUCAUAUUCUGUCACCUCAGAUGCAGAUACAGUCGGUGCAAGUGUCUUCUUCGCUCUAUUGGAGCGGCUGUAAGAGUCUAGGUAUGCGCCGGUGCGAGCAGACGUUGCAACCGUCGCGCAGGCGGAGCCAUCACGAGGACUUUGCGUACGACUAUCGUCGUCCGCAAAAACUUCGGGCUGAUGUUGGCAGUGCUGGUACUCCAAUUUUUGCCGAGCUCACACCACUUUCUCACUAUUUGCAAGUGCAACCUGGUGCUCUUUCCCAUCAAGUACGAUCUCAGUGUCCGCUUUCGCAGCAUACGAAACCAGGACGGGUGUUUCACACCUUACCUUCACAAUCACAGUAUCACCACCAUAGUUUGCCCUACAUGCAGCGCGCCCGGAAAGCGCAGCGCACACGGUAUGGCGAGGAGUCUUCGUCCGCCGAAGAGGAUGGCCCUCCAAGUGUAGUCGUGCAGCCAGGCACGCCUGGUCCAACCGCCCCGCAGAAGGCCUCGAAGCUAAAGUUUACUCCCAAAGAUGACGCGCUCCUCGUCGAGCUCAAAGAGAUGACGCAUCUCACGUGGAAACAAAUCGCCGAUUUCUUCCCGGGUCGCAGCUCUGGUACCCUACAAGUAAGAUAUUGUACCAAGCUCAAAGCCAAACCCAGUGUGUGGACCGAUGAAAUGGUCUAUCAAGAACUUGCCGCCGCCGAGGAAGAGAGUACUGAGGGGGGUUGA